UUCGUCAAGACCCUUACGGGCAAGACCAUUACCCUUGAGGUCGAGUCCUCUGACACCAUCGACAAUGUCAAGAGCAAGAUCCAAGACAAGGAGGGAAUCCCACCGGACCAGCAGCGUUUGAUUUUCGCUGGAAAGCAGUUGGAGGAUGGCCGCACUUUGUCUGACUACAACAUUCAAAAGGAGUCAACUCUCCACCUUGUCCUCCGUCUCCGUGGUGGUAUCAUCGAGCCAUCGCUCAAGGCUCUUGCCUCCAAGUACAACUGCGAGAAGAUGAUUUGCCGAAAGUGCUAUGUAUGGAACCCAUAUUUCAGAUCGGUCUUGGUCAUAAAAACUAAUUCAUUGCAGGCCCGUCUUCCCCCGCGUGCCACCAACUGCCGCAAGAAGAAGUGCGGUCACACCAACCAGCUGCGCCCAAAGAAGAAGCUGAAGUAA